UUUACAGAGCCAUCUACACAGAGGAGUAGGACACAAAUUUGCAAUGUGCUGCCUUUUUAUUGUUCUUCUUUUCAUUUUAUCUGUUGGUAGUCAGGCACUGACGAAGAUAACUCUUCAAACUGGAGCGACAGUUACCAUCCCAUGUCGUUAUGAUAGUAUAUAUAUAAACCAUAAGAAAUACUGGUGCUAUAAUGAUCAUUCAACAUUCAGUUCCUGCAAAAUUCAGGCGUAUGCCAAUGAAACAAUGGAGAGAGUGACAGUGACUGAUAACCCAGCUGAGAGUUUCUUUACUGUGACUCUGAAAGAUCUUCAGACAGAAAACACUGGAUGGUACUGGUGUGCUGUAGAGAUAUAUGGAGCAGAUGUCAGUGAAGGCCUUCAAAUCACAGUGAAAUCAGAUCCUGAUCUGUCAGUGAGGGAGAGAAGAGUGAGAGGUGAGGAAGGAGGCAGCGUCACAGUCCAGUGUCUCUACAGCGCUGCGUAUCAGAAUACACAGAAAUGGUGGUGCAGAUUCAAAGACAGGCAGUGCUGGAUAUUUAGAAAGACUGAAACAUCCCAGGAUUCAUCAGUGCAGCUCAGUGAUAAUGGGAGAAGUUCCUUCAGUGUGAUGAUGAGUGGAUUGAAGAAGAGUGAUGCUGGCUGGUACUGGUGCAUUGCAGGAGAUCUGGAGGUUCCUGUUCACAUCAAUGUCGGUGAUCCAUCUCCAGAGCCUACAGAUCCUACAGAUCAUACAGAUCCUACAGAAUACCCAAAUCCAGUGACAUUCUGCAUUGCACACGAGUGAAGGAUGUGAACCUUGCUGGCAUGGAGAAUUUAUCAAACUGGAACAUUUUCUUUGUUUUCAUAACUGCUUUCGGAUAAAAUGUGCUUCAGGGGCUUUAACUGCAAUGAACUAUAUACAGUAAAUGUACUUAGAGUAACUUGUGUAUUUUAUAUGCUAUAACAUUAUAAAAAAGUUCACAAGGAGUGUUUUCAAACCACAUAAUCAGCGCUUUUAGCGUAUUUCUUUUAAGAUGUUGUACUGUAUGUCUAUCAUACUAUUACUACAUGUUAGUCAUACAAAUUUGUGUUGUUCCUCAAUCCUACGCAUUUGGAAACAUUACAAGCUAUAACUAAAACCUGACCUUAAAGGAGAAGUUCACUUCUGGAACAAAGAUUUUGAAAUAAUUUACUCAUCCAAGAUGUUCAUGUCUUUCCUUCUUCAGUCAUAAAGAAAUGAUGUUUUCUGAGGAAAACAUUUCAGGCUUUUUCUCCAUAUAGUGGACUUCAAUGGUGCCUGCGAGUUUGUGCUUCCAAAUUGCAGUUUAAAUGCAGCUUCAAAGAGCUCUAAACAAUCCCAGCCGAGGAAGAAGGGUCUUAUCUAUCAAAAAGAUCAGCCAUUUUCUUAGAAAAAUAAAAAAUUGUAUACUUUUUAACUACAAAAGCUCAUCUAGCACUAGCUCUGGGAUGCGCAUCCAUGACACUACAUACUACGCUGAAAGGUCACGCGUGAUGUAGGCGGAACUACAGACCCAGUGUUUACUAGUGUGGAGAAGGAGGACUGCCCCGAAGUUGUUGUAUGUGGAAUAACACAAAGUUAUAUGUACCUUUUUGUUAGUAAAGAGCGUUUGACUUAUUUGCAAUUCCUUGGUCUUUGCACGUUUGCUUAGUAAACACUGGGUCGGUAGUUCCGCCUACGUCACGCGUGACCUUUCAACGUACAUUUUUGUUCUGGAAGUGAACUUCUCCUUUAAUAUGGAGAUAGCUUUAAUCCAAAUUAAGGUGUGCAGUUAUCACACUGUAGACUGUGCUGUAUGCUGCUAAGUAGUGCAUACAGCAUAAGGAUUAGCAGCUUGUUUUGGGUGGUUUUCAAGUCAUGUCAAGAAGACAUACAAUUUAGCCAUACAUUUGUUCAGUUGUUGUUAAGGUAAUAUCAUUAACAAGGGUUGCCAGAUUUCAACAAAAUAUCAAACUUAAUUGAAUCAAGACCUGAAUUAAGUUUAAAAAAUUGGUCACUGGAAACAUUUUUCUUCUUUUUCUUUUUUAUGUCUUGAGUGGGAAAGAAGGUCACAAUGGUGCACACACAUUUCUGAUACAGAGACGUAAUCCAUGCUACAAUCCUCUCUCCCAUGCUGUAAUAUGUCUUUAAAAAAGAAGUGAUUCUGUACACUGUAGCCAUGCAGUCUGCACUCACAUGUUGCUUUUGUUUGCAGCAAUUUAUUACAUUUAAUACCUAAACAAGUGUCUGCAGAGUAUUUCAAGCUAGCGCAAUAAGGUGUAAAAUCACAACCUUAGCAUCCCUGCUAUUAACUGUCCUGUGUGGAAAAUAUUUUUGUCCGAAACUAUAAUGCUCUAUUUAAUACUACUCAAUUGAUACUUUGCUAUUAUCUGACUCCAACUCCACAUUGACCCGACAGCUCAGUCAAGCAAGGCUCUAACUAAAAAAGGCCAAACUUCCCAGACUGGAUGAAUGCAGAUACAAGGUUUUAUUUGCAAUCAGCGCUGAUUACAAGAAUUGAGCUGCUCACGAAUGAACAUCCCAACAACCUCCGAAAUAAUCAUCACAAACAUAGUCUUUUCUUAUCUUUUCAUAAUAUUCAAACCAAACCCUCUUUGCUGAGAAAGUCCUGAAAUAUCAGAUUCUUUUUGGACACCAUUAUCUCUUACUUUUUAACUCUUACACAUUCCAUUAUAAUCGGACUUCCGAGGUCAGUUAUAAAAAUAGUGGGCAUCUGUGCACUUAUCAAUAGACCAAUAGCUUGUUUUCGUCAAACAGUUCAUUUUGACCUCCGAUGACAGCAUGGGCACGCUUCAGGGCCACUGCUCUGUCUUAGAUUGCUUAGUUUUAACUCAUUGCAAACAAUGUUUUCUUUCACUUCUACACUUGCUGUAGUUUUAAUCACAGGUUCCUCCCAAUUAUUCCUAACUCUAUCUCCUGCCACCCUUGGCUUCCUACGACGCGCUGCGCUUCUGCUCAGGACCUUGGGCACAGCUCCAACCCUGGCCAUACCAAGAUUGAAACUCCGUCCAAGUCUCAUCUACUUUCAACAAAGUCUGCCAGACGGACAUUACUCCCACUGCUACUGAUUCUACACAGGCUGUACAAUCUCGCACCCAGACCUCGUAGUGUUAAACCCUUCAUUGUUAAAACUGUAAAUAGAGGUGUCCAAUGAAUUAAGGUGAUGCUUGA